GGGCAAAGGGGUGAUUUUUAGAGAGAAGAACUGUGCUGACCAAGACAUCAGUGCUAGAGCACAGAGCAAGUUAAAGCCAUAAUCAUGCUUGUUUUUCUGCUGAUUGCAUCAAUGUUUUGCCAAGGUCUUACAGAUGUGAGCUAUGGAGACGACUUCAUCACUGCCUUUCCAGAGAACAUUGGUUUCUUCUAUCCAUCUGAUCUCAAAAACAUUCUCAGAGUCACAGCCCUCCAUGACAACACUAAAAUAAAAGUCAAUCUACAAAACCACACAGAAAGACCUAGAUCUCCAUCCUGCAGGGCAGACCCUGAAUGUACAUAUUUCAGAUUCGUCUGAAGUAUAUCAACUAGGCUUUUCAUAUGCAUCCGUCAGAAUUACCAGUGACAAAAACAUCACGGUGGUUUCUAUAAGUCAGCGGGCAGGCAGCACCCAGACUAAUGUCGUUCAGCCAACUGUAAAUCUCGGUAUACAACAUUUGAUCCCUUUGCUGGAUUACCCAGUCUAUCUUGAAUCUUUCAACCUACCUGGGCCUGUCAGUACAACCAUAAAAUACAGCUCAUUCAAGUUACUCAUUAUCAAUGCGGUGGACAGUCAAAACAGCAUCACUAUAGUCAAGCAAACAUCAACAUCAGGUGUUAGCGAAGAGACGUUCAGUAUCGAACCCUACCAGCUGGUCCAGCUUCAGACCAACGGUUCUAUUUUGAAGGUCAAAUCGAGCAAAAAAGUCGCUGUGAUAUUGACCCACCCGUGUGUAGAGACUGAGAGCUGUAAUUGUAACAUGGUAAUAAAUCAGAUUCUUCCCAACAAGUUUCAUGGUCGGAGCUUUAUCGUACCUUCCAUCUUUAACGUGGCCAAGACCAAGUUGCUUAUGCUAUCAGAAAACACGACCAAGCUAUUUCACGAUGGCAACCAGUUACAGGCUUCUCCCUCGACGCUUCUGUCAUUUUCAGACCUGCAGAAAUCCCAGCUGGUUAAUGCUACGGAGCAAGUCUCCCUCAGACUUUUCAGUCCAGGCCUCAUUGUGGAGCUGAUCCCAGAAACCAUGUUCUUUGCAUGCUACCUGCUGCAGUUUUCUAGAGAAAAUGGCAAGGCUGUAGUGAUCGCUGAAACAGACAGCAAAGAUGAUGUGCGCACAAAUAAUGGUUUGCUCUCAGCAUCUGACUGGACUGCAAUCGCUGGCACAAACUACUCUUCGGCUGUUGUAACUAUACCAGAUAAAAUUGCCACAAUCUGGCAUCCAACAUCAAGGAUUGGCGUUUAUAUGCUGGAACAUGUGUCUCUAAAAGUAAUGUUUGGAGGCCCAGCUGUACCAAUCAAUAAAAAACCAGAUCUUCGUGGCUGUGUGUUGGUUCCCGGAGAAUUUGCGAUUGGAUGGGACCCUCUGACUUGGAAGAAGUCUCGCGAGUACUGCAUGAAUAAAGGAAAACAGUUUGCCUGUCCUGUAACUGAAUCUGUCCAUGAAGACAUGGCUCAUAACCUGACCAUGGUGGAUGCGCAUGGGGAUGGCUGGAUCGGUCUGCGCCGCAGUUUACUAACUACAGACUGGUACUGGCAGGAAGAGUAUGAUACCCCGGUCUCUGUCAAUUACUAUCAUUGGGACGACAAGCAUCCACUGGACCUUUUAAAGGGCUUAUGCACUUCAGUGUCCCUUGACCCUAGAAACGAUUUCAAAUGGCGAAGUGCACGCUGCUGUGAUAAAAAGAAGCCUGUCUGCUACAAAAAGCCAGCAUACCUCAAUCCUUUACAACAAUUGGUGGAAAUCUAAUGCUUAGUGAAGUUAGUAAUGCUAUUCUUUAGGUUCAUAUUUGUAUCACCACCUGGAUAUCUGAGAUGUAUUUUUUAAAUGAUUGCAAUGUCUUUAUGUUAGAUUUAUUUUAGAUACAUGAUAACAUUACACAAGGAUUAUAACAUUUUGAAAUUAUAUCAAGCGGUUACGUUGACACCAUGAAUGUAUAGACUGUUUUCAUCUUAGCUUUUUAAGCUUAGACAUCAACUCAAAUAGAAGCAGGAAGUAAAUCUGUAAGUUUUGAAUGCCACAUAAACAAUAAAAUGUAUAGCAUUAAUAAAAUGAACAAAUUAAUAUAAUCUGUGUUCAACUUUAAAGGGUUGGAUAUAGCAAAUUGCGUAUAUAAAAAAUGUAAAUUAUAUGACAUGACAUUUGUUGUCAAUCAUGAGUUAUAAUACAUUGUUUUUAAAAACAUGCAUGCAAUCCUUAUUUGUGCUUUAAGUAUUUCUUUUCAAUGCUGUCCUAAAGUAUGUUAACAUCUGCCAAUUUUAUGUCCAGAAGUAAAUUAUAGUGGCUGAUGAAAUAAUUGUUACAGAAUACAUAUCUCUAAUUAAAGCAUGUAGUGACCAAUUCCUAUAUAACUGACUUUGUGUACCUAAUUUCCAUAAAGAAAAUGUAAAAAUCUGUGAAUAUGCAUUUCAUUGUGUGCAAACUAAUGUGAACUGCAUAAAUCAAAUGUAUUUCUUAAGGAGCUUAAUAACUAAUCUCUUCAUCCCCAUAAUGCCUAGCAGCAUCGUUUAGCCAAUUUAUGACUUUAAUAACUGUAAUCAUCCAUUACUGUCAUUGUUUUGUAUGCUUGAACCUAAACUAUCUACAGGUAGGCCUAUAAUGUUGAAAACUAUACAUUUUGAAAGUUUGAGGAAACAAGAUUUCAUAAAACAGGAAAUUUCACUAGCAAUGUGCAACAUGCAAACCCUUGUAUAACACAUUCCUAUUAUGUUUUAAUAAAAUAU